AGCAGCUGGGGCAGCUAACCACUUUGUUGAACGGGAACCCGUUGGAAAGAGACUGCCGGAUAAAAAAAUCGUUGGAAAAGUGGAAACAGACGAGAAAAUUGCGGAAUUAAACUGCUCUGAAGCAUUGUUACUUUGUCAACUGAAUAACGGAAACCGUCAUCGCUUUUCGCCGGUACGGAGGAUAGUACAAAACUUCUCAAAGAGGAAUUCUCUCAUUCAGGAUGUCGGAGUGAAACAAAGAGGUCUGGGGGCAUUCAUGUCGGAGAGGGUUCGGAGAUGCAGAUAGCUAUUUAGCACAGGUAGUCCACUCGCUCUUCCGUCUGUUUUCCGUAAACAAGCGCUGUAACAUGGAAAUAUGGCCGUGUGGGAACCCUAACCCUGUAAAGGGUUGAACUUCAUCCUUGUGGCCUUCUCUGAAUGGGAAAGAUGGAAAGGGAGUUACAAUGGUGGAAAGGACAGCUAGCAGGGGAUAUCCAUCAGUCCCUCCGCAUCAAGGAGUUGAAGCUGCCCGUGUACCGGGCCCACUCCCCUCAGAUAGGGAUGCGUCGGUACUUUGCAGACCUGCUGGCCAUACUGUCUAACCGCUACCAGCUGUGCCCUACAGCCAGACACCUGGCCGUCUACCUACUGGACCUGUUCAUGGACCACUACGACGUAGCCGUCAAACAGCUCUACGUCAUCGCUCUGUCCUGCCUGCUCCUCGCCAGUAAGUUUGAGGAGAGGGAGGAUCGGGUACCUAAGCUGGAGCAGCUGAACUCCCUGGGCUUCAUGUGUUCUCUGAACCUUGUUCUCAACAAGAGAGACCUCAUUAAGAUGGAGCUGCUGCUGUUGGAGACGUUCAGCUGGAACCUGUGUAUGCCCACCCCAGCCCACUUCAUAGACCACUACCUCCAGGCCUCGGUGCAGGAGGGAGACCUGUACAACGGCUGGCCUCUCUCCUCCCUCUCCAAGACCAAAGGCUUUAUGGACAAGUACACACACUACUUCCUGGAGGUGUCACUGCAAGACCAUGCAUUCCUGAGUUUCCGUCCGUCUCAGGUGGCGGCGGCAUGCGUAGCGGCGUCUCGUAUCUGUCUCCAGAUUUCUCCAAGCUGGACCACGUCUCUACACCUACUGACUGGAUACACCUGGGAGCACCUCACACACUGCAUCAAACUCAUGCUGCUUGCCCAUGACAACGAUGUGAAGGAGGCCAACAAACCCAAAUCCCCCCCUCCGCUGUCUUGUACCUCCUCCCUCCAGUCCCACCUCUCCCUGGUCCCAGCCAUCCAGAGACCAGCUACUUCCACCGCCCAGCAGCUCCUCUUCCAGCCCGGCCCAGUGGGCUUCCCACACCUCUCCCAGCACUCCCCCUCCCUGUCCCAGCUCCACGCGCUAGCCGACUCCCAGGCUUUGGGGCCUGCUGUGGUCAACAUGUCUCAGAACUUCCUCCAGAGCCACAGGAUGGGGCUGCUCACUGGGGCCACCACCAUGACCUCCACAGCAGGGGCCUUCCCCUCCUAUCCUAGCCUGACUUCGGGGCUCCAGCCUGGGGCUCGGGUGGCACCGCUGGCCUUGCAGGGCCCCAUCUCCAUGCAGGUAGCCUUGGCUGCGGAGCCGCGACACUGCCUCAGCAUGGCCUACAGUGGGGGGUACUUGGGGGGCGUGGGCUUCACGGCAGCGGGCUGCUUCGACAGGUGACGCCAGGAGACAGAGGAGAGGAUGAACAGCAAACCACCCCGAGCCAGGGACGGGGAGCGCUGCACUCCUCUUCCAUCACUUCUUCCUCCUCCUCUCCGCUCCCUGGCGGACCUCCUCUCUCUCUCCGUCAGCACCCCGUCCCCCUCCUCGGCCGCCCCGCGCCCUGCGCCCCCCGCCAUCAGACAGAGACAGAGAGAAAGACGGCUCAAACGCAAGCAAAGGUCAAAGGGCACCGAUGAUCCCGUGGAGGUCAUCACACUGACAUGACACCUGAUGUCACUGACCUGAUGUUGAACACUGUGUUCCGAUCACGUCACAGGAACAUGAUGCCAAGGCAGUAGCAUUAACACUGUGGAAUGGUCACAGUAUGUCCCUGGUUAUGAUACUGUUGUUAUCACUUUGAACCAGAGGCUAUGCAGCAUGAUUCCUCCUCAGUGCCUCCUGUGUUUUGACUUGAGUGAUGGCUGUCUGUGAAUUCAGCUGGUUGAAGAUGAAGUGCUGCUGGAUCUCUCUCACUGUAUUCCAAAAAUAUGAACUCAACUGAAGAGGAGAAAUAGGUCCGUAAAGUGACAUCUUGAGCUGCUGACUUGGGAACAGUGGUAUGAAGUGUUAUAAGCAGACAUACCAGUGAGUUGAAGAGGCUAUGUCACUUGCUGUGUCAAUAUAUAAAGGCCUUAUAUCACUGUUAUGCCAGUGAAUAAAGGGAUUAUGUCACUAAGUGCUACAGGGGCCAUCUGAGAAUUCCUACCCAUAAUCCUCUCUGGCUGGGGAGGGGAGGCCACAGAGUUCAUUGUUCUGUCACAGCAGGGGAAAUCCACAGUUUUAACAUAGCUGUCAUGUUUGGCCUGUUCCUCCCUCCAUCCUUUCUUCUCCGUUCCUCCUUCCUUUUCACUUCUUCUUUUUUACAAAGUCUGCUCUUGUGGUGGAGCUCGCCUCAUACCUGGGUCUUUGUUUCCGGGGGGUUCCAACCACCAAGUCUCAUAGUGAGGGUUAAAAAGUAAAGCUUUGUUUUCCAUGUCCCUCAACUCAAAGACUUCAAAUGGAACUGAACUGACAUGGAAUGCUCAUGGUAAAGGAGACUUGGAAACAUAGAAAUAUAAUUAUUUGAAUUCUAAUUCUAUGCUUGGAACUUUGUUGAAGUGUACAUAAUAAAAUGCUGCUGCCUUCUGUAUGAA